CCGCAAAACUGCCAACAAAUAAAAGGCCACUGAUGCCCAUCCUUUCUUGAUCUCUUUUUCCAACCCUCAGCAGCACAGGAAGCAUACGUGGGAAGGUAAUUUUACCUGCCGCAUCGCCCGGCUUCUAUUUGCAGCUGGCAAUCCCAAGAUCCGAGACCUGGUUUCUGCUUCUACCCACACUCGCCUUCCUCUCCUCAACCUUUCUGCAGAGUGCAGAAGAUCAUGCCGCAUGUAGGAACGUUCGGCUGGACUGCACCACUGAUAGGCCGCAUCUUAGCCGCAAUACCAGUACUCGCCAGGCAGACUCUGUACGAUGGUGCAAUGAUCUCUAGAUGAACGCCCGAGCUUUCGGAGUACUUUUCAGAAGCAAGGCUGCUUGAUCAAUCAAAAGGAUCGAGAUGAUUGGCGAAACUUCGAUGUCGUGAUUCCAGUCAUGUUUUCAUUAGCUCAACUUAAUGCACGCAACAUCCUCUAAUGAGCCAGCAAAGGAAGAUUUUGAAACCCAAAUCCAACCACGUACCCUAAAACGCCUUCCAUCCCACCAUCCCACCAUCCCACAUCAAACGUUUCUCCCAAAUCUCAACGCAACCUCAUAUCCAAACUGCGGCCUCGGACGAGGAAGAAAUUCAAUUUCCCCCGAAUCAACUGUUGGAGUUUGAUGCGCACCGCACACGCCGCUGUCUCCCUUCUCGAGUGAGUUUCCACAUUGC